AUGUCGCGCAAGCCAUCAACAGCUGGCCGAGCGGGCUUAUCGCGCGCCUCGUCAAGCGUAAACAUGGCUAUGCCGCCUCCAGGCAGGAUACCGGCGCGCGCGCCUUCGGUCAUGUCCUCGUCGAUCACGAGUAAUGGGUUGGAUGGGGAGCGGCAAAUCAGCCCCAGGAAGAGCAGCUAUAGGAAACCCAUGGGAGUAGCGGUUGGCGGGCGAGGUGACGGUGCUGAGAAGGAGAUCAAUAUCCAGGUUGUAGUGCGGUGUCGCGGUAGAUCCACCCAGGAGAUAGCCCAGACAAGCCCCAUGAUUACAACCACAGCCGGAGCGCUCUCCAAAGCUAUCACCAUCGAGACCACCCCGUCGACCGCUCUGAUGAGCUCGUUCACCACAGCUAGCAGCUACGGCGGGGUCAACGCCCCAUCAACCAAGACGUACAACUUUGAUCGGGUAUUUGGGCCGGCAGCGGAUCAGACGAUGGUCUUCCAAGAGGUGGCGGAGGGUAUGCUGGAUGAGGUGCUGGCAGGGUACAAUUGCACCAUCUUUGCGUACGGUCAAACGGGGACUGGAAAGACAUUCACCAUGCAAGGUGAUCUCGAACUCUCGCCUCUAUCUGCGCCAAAGACGGAAGCCGGUAUCGUUCCCCGAGUACUGCAUCGGCUCUUUCACCUCCUCGAGUCCGCCGAGAAUACCGAGUACACGGUCCGGUGCAGCUAUGUCGAGCUGUACAACGAGGAACUCCGGGAUCUCCUUUCGCCCGACUAUCAGCCUGGCGCAGCGGGGGACAGGCAACCGAUCGCGAUGGGUCAAGGCGGUAACGGGCAGACUGUAGGAGGACUGAAGCUGUACGAGGAUGGGAAAAAGGGGGUGAUGAUACAGGGGCUUGAGGAUGUCGGGGUGCGGAACCUGAAGGAGGCGCUGAAUCUGGUAAACAAGGGAUGUCAGAGGAGGCAGGUGGCGGAAACGAAGAUGAACACCGAGUCAUCCCGAUCUCAUACGAUCCUCACCAUCACCGUCCACGUCAAGGAGACCACCCUCACAGCCGGAGGCGAGGACCUUCUUCGGAUCGGUCGGUUCAACCUGGUCGAUCUUGCUGGGUCCGAAGCUAUCGGUCGAUCCGGUGCGACAGACAAGCGGGCUCGAGAAGCAGGGAUGAUCAACCAGUCUCUCCUUACUCUCGGCCGAGUCAUCCGGUCCAUCGUCGACAAGGAAUCGCACAUCCCGUACCGCGAGUCCAAACUCACUCGACUGCUCCAGGACUCGCUCGGUGGCCGGACCAAGACCUGCAUCGUCGCAACGGUCUCGCCCACUCGGUCCAACAUGGAAGAAACGCUCUCCACGCUCGACUAUGCCCUCCAAGCCAAGAGUAUCCGGAAUCGUCCCGAGAUCAAUGCGCACCUCACUAAAUCGGGCGUUCUCAAGGAGUACCUGGGCGAUAUCGAGCGGCUCAAGGCGGAAGUUAUGGCUGCUCGGGACAAAAAUGGGAUCUAUAUCCCCGAGGAUCAGUGGAAGGAGAUGCACGAGCAGCAGACGAAGAUGAAGUCGGAUUUUGACGAGGCGGUAUUGCGGGCGAGCGCGGCAACGGUCGAGUUGACGACGAGGCGGAAGGAGUUUGAGCAGUUGACGAGCCAGUUCUUGCUCACUACGGAUGAGCUGGAGCAGACGAGGGAGGCGGAGAGGGCGCUGGGCAGGAUGAUUGAGGAGAUGAAGGGGGAGUUGGAGUCUACGAGGUUGAGGCUGGAGGAGGAGCGGUAUGUGGGGCAGGCCUACAUCAGUGGGGAGAGGCGAUUGGAGGGGGUUGCGGAGAAUCUAAUGGGGGUGGCGGUGGAGAGUGUCAGUGAUGUCGGAGGGCUGUUUGAGAAGCUCGCCCGGAAAGCCAAAGUACUAGGCGACAAUGUCGAUACCGCAACCAGAUUCGGUACAGACAUGUCCUCGCUGUCGACCGACCUCCGAGGUGGACUGGAUAAGCUCAACUCGGUACAAGGACGCUUCGGGGAGGAGAUGCAGAAGGGCUUAGAGGCUUAUGCAAAGCACGCUCAAAAACACUCCAAGCGAGACAUCACCAACCUUGACGCGUCCUUCUCUGCCCUUGAUGGCUUAUCCUCCAAGCUCACUGAAUCAAUCGAAGCUGGCAAGCUCGACGCGGCGGAAACUGGUCGAGCUCUCCAAGGGGUCAAGGAGGAAGUACAGGCCUCCGUUCGAGCUUGGGCGAAGGGCGUGGGAGAGAGGAGCGAGGGGAUGGUGCGGGACUUGCUGGAACAUCAACAUCAACAUCUGACUAUGGUCACUGGUGUGCUCGACACCACGGCCGACCUCAUCGACAAUGUCAUCUCUGCUGCCCAGACCCACCUCGCUUCCGAAGUUGCUGCUGCUGCGCAUACCAAGCGACUAGCGGAUCAAGCCGCCUCUACCGAAAUAUCCCGCCUCCGAGCCCAGAACGUCCUCCUCGCCAAACUCCUCACCGACGAAAAGGCCAAGACGGCUCAUCUCCGUACCGAGCUCGUUAGCAACCUCACCAACCUCAUUGUGGGCUUUACGGACGCGCAGGAUGCCUCGUGGUCUGGCGUGAUGGCGAAAGUACAGGCGGAGAAUGAGGAGGGUGUACGGCAGAUGGGCGCAUUCAGCGGGGCGAUGGAGGAGAGUCAUGCGGAGGGGUCUAGGCGAGCCAGGGCGUUCAGUGGCGAGCUGGAGCAGAGUCAGAGGGCAGGGAUGGGUCAGCGGGAAGCGGGCAGGAAGGCGGUGAGAGAAGUAGAGGAGGGAAUGAGGGUCCGGCUUGAAGAGUAUGGGGAGCGGACGAGAGGGGAGAUGGAACGGCAAGUGGAGGUGGUGGAUGGGUUUUGUGGGCGGCUGGGAGAGACUUCGGCAGACGCUGCUCGACGUGCUGAUGCUCGAGCGGUCGACCAGGCCGACAAGCUCGGCGCUAUGUCCCGGUCAAUCAGAGCUACUCACGAGUCCAGCCGCGCCCGGAUAGCUAAGGACUCGGAAGGAGUCUCGGCUUUCUCGGAGUCACUCAUAUCUGCACACGCAUCCUCAUCUAAGUCCUAUGCCAAACAUCAUACCGCCACCACCUCCAGGCUCGUUGCUAUCCUCUCCUCCACCGCCACCUUCCUCACGUCCGGCAUCUCCGAAGAUAUACCUACCGGCACUACGCCGAAGAAGAAAAAUUGGGCAGUCCAGACGAGUUGGGAGCGGACGCAGCCGAGGGACGUGCUUAUUGAGGCGUACCGGAGAAGAAAGGCCGCGGGGGAGGUGGUGGAUCUGGAGAGCGAGGAUCAAGAGGAUAUAGUCGGGGGAGAAGGGGCAGAGAAGGCAGAGGGGAGUGAAGCGGGGACCGUCCGGAGCGUCGCUUCGACGGAAAGUCUACAGUCGAAUGACAGCGAGUCGCUCGACACGAUCCGGUCAGUCUCACCGCCACUAGCAAGCGCGGUUGAACCGCCUCUCCCCGCUAGGAUACCCACCCUCGCUUCCGUUAUCGCUCCGCCGCUGCCUCAGAUUAGACCGGCCGUUCGGAAGUUACCAUCUGGGUUAGGCGCGUCUAUCACGGGGAAGGGGAUAGCGAGGGGGAUGGCGAAUGGGGAGGAGAAGGUGACGCUGCCACCACUGGGGGAGGCCGGGAUGAACGUGCCUCGGCGGGCGCGCAGAUAG